AUGGCACGAGUGGGCGAAUCCGACAGAGCGGUGGCCAUGCCCCGGCUGGACGACCUCCUCCGGCACCCAGAGGACCUGGACAAGAUCGUGGGAUUGAAAGCCGAAUACACACGCAAAAAAGCAGCCGUUGACGCCCAGCUCCGAGAAGGCCUUCGUGAUCAACUGGCAAACGUACAACGCAGCCUUAGCGCCCUUACCGAAGGCCAGCGCCAAGUAUCCAAGACGAGAGAUGAGCUCCAAGGCAUCGACCGGCUAUGCGCCGAAUCCCAGGACAGCGUCGACGACUUCUCGCAGAUCGACCAGCUCGCGAAGGUGCAGCGCAACUUUGAAGCGACCUUGGCGAUGAAAAAAGGACUGGAAAACUUUAGCGCGGAUCUGGCGGAGGUUGAGAAUCUUCUUAGGAAGGAUGAUGAGGAUCUAGAGGAUCAGCCGAAUCUCCUGCGCGCCCAUAUGCAGAUUUCUCGGUUGCGAGACUUUCGCGAUGAGGCGAUGGAUCAGAUUCGCAGGGCGCAGGACCCAAGCAGCGAGGAUACUUUGGCAGAUUAUUUCCAGGGUCUGGAUAAUGUCAUUGAUUGGUUCGAUGAUCACCUGGGGACGCUGUGUAUGAACCUCAUUCCUCUUGUGCAGACUGAUAAUUCCAGCAUGGUGGUCAGACUUGCAGUGGUCGUGAUGAAUGAGGAGAAGAAUGACGAGACCGUCAGAGCGUUGCAGGAGGCGCAGAAAGACCAUCAGGAUUUGGCUGGGCGAUUUAAAUCUAUGAACGUGGGCCCUAAGACGGUGAGGGGGUACAAAGAGAAGUUCCUGAAGGCAAUUGAGCUCUACGCUCAGAAUCAAUUCGAGACUACUCAGGAGGAGUUUAUGAACGACCCAGAUGGCCUCGAAAAGAGCUUCCGGUGGUUCUUCAACGAUCUUUUUACAGUUCAGCAAGGCAUGCAGUCGCUUAUGCCAAAAAAGUGGAAGAUUUACAAGACUUAUACUGACAUCUACCAUCGCAUGAUGCAUGACCGCCUUAUUGAGAUGGUCAAUGAUCCUGGGUUACCAUCGGACAACUUGCUUGCGAUUCUGCAAUGGAGAGAGAAGUAUUACAAGAAGAUGAAUAAACUCGGCUGGAAAGCGACAGAUCUUGGGUUCGACAUACUGGAUAACCGCGAACCUGAUCUCAUCCGACGUUGGCAGAGCGUCAUUAUCAAUGCUGUUGAAGAAUGGAUGAACACAAUCACAGAAACGGACAGGAAAGCACUUACAGAGCGAAUACCCGAUUCCCUCGAUACCAACGCCGAAGGCUACUUCCGUACUCGAACCCUCCCAGAUAUGUGGCGAAUGCUCCAUGAGCAGGUUACUGCGUCUAGCUCCUCUUCCCGGUCGGACCUGUUGGAAGGCAUUAUGGACGCAAUGUUCCGUCUGUUAAAGGCCCGUCAGGUUGCUUGGCAGACUCUCAUCGAGGAGGAAUGUGCUAUGUACAAGGCUCCCGGUGGCGACCAGCUCGACGGGUUACAGCUGCUGCAAGACUGGCUGGUCGCUGUGGCCAACGACCAGAUUGCUUGCAUUGACGACAAUGACGAGACCGGCCAGUUCGGAUAUCUGACUCGGUUCCGCCGUGAUAUUGAGCAGUACGUCGACCCGAAGUACAUGGCCUCGCGCGCGAUCCCAGAACUAGACGCCCUUCGUGAUGGCUAUGUCGACCUAAGCACAUUCUGCCUCGCACAACUUGUGGAGGUCAUCUUCGCGGUUGACCUGCGCACCACCAUUCCCGAUUUCUUCACCCAGAAGUGGUACGGGGAUUACGCUGUGAAGCGGAUAACAUCCACCUUCGACGACUACAUGACAGAUUACUCCCCCGUGCUUCAUCCCUCACUUACAGAUAUCCUCAUCGAGGAACUCUCCGACGAAUUGCUUGUCAAGUAUCUGUCAUCUGUUCGCAAUAAGGGUGUCAAGUUCCGUCGACACACGGAUCCGUACACCGACAAGUUCAAGGACGACGUUCUCACGGUUUUCGCCUUCUUCCAGAAAUAUCCGGACUCCUUUGCAGGCACAAUCAAGCAGAAGUGGCGACUCGUUGACUGGCUUGUCCGCCUUCUUGAGGCAGAAAAGGGACCUCCUGUGGUUACUGUAUAUGAGGACUUUAAGAAUGAAUACUGGGAUUUGCAGCUCUCAUGGGUUGAGACAGUGCUGAGGACCAGAGACGAUUUCGAGCGCAGCAUGGUAAGUGCUGUCAAGGCCAGGGCAGCAGAGCUGUCCGUUGAGCGCGGAAUGGAGACUCUCAUGAGUCGAAUACGGUGA